CGCUCAAACCUUUCAACAGACGACCCAAUCAGCCGAGCAAGUUGCUAGGGGAGUCCUCCCCCCCCCUUUAAACCGGGUUUAAACGGAACAAAUAAAUAUAUAUAAACAACACCACAUAACCACAGCAACGAACGGCAACAAAAGAAAGAGACACAGACGCAGCGAGAGCGGGAGAAAGAGAGAGCGAGCGAGCGAGAGAGAGAGGGAGGGGAGAGAGAGAAAAAGAGAGAGAGAGAGGAAGAGCCAAAGUUGUCAGCCGCUAGAGAUUUAGCGCGCCGCCCGAUGCACGCCAUCACGAGCCAGCCCGCUCCCUUCGGGCUCCUCGAGCGUGAGAGGCACAUCGAGCGGCUGCUGCGGUGCGGGCCGCGCAGGAGGGCGCGGGGCACGGCGCGGCGGGGCACGGGGGCAGACCGCAGCCUCAGCACGACUCGCAUCGCUGAAGAUGACUUCGAGGAGCAGGAGGAUGGUGGUGGUGGUGACGGGGAAGGUGACAAUAGGCGCGGCAGCAAAGGUGGAGAGGUUGAGAGCAGCUUCGGAUGGGGCGAGCGACGAUGCUGGGCUUGUGCGCGUCCCCUCGGUGGUCCCCUCGGUGGCCCCCACGGUGGCUCCCACGGUGGCCCCCUCGGUGGCCCCCACGGUGGCCCCCUCGGUGGCCCCCACGGUGGCUUCCACGGUGGUCCCCUCGGUGGCUCCCAAGGUGGCCCCCACUGUAGCCCCCUCGGUGGUCCCCUCGAUGGUCCCCUCGGUGGCCCCCACGGUGGCCCCCACUGUGGCCCCCACUAUGGCCCCCACUGUGGCCCCCACUGUGGCCCCCACUGUGGUCCCCUCGCCGGCUGUCAGGGUGAUCCCACGGUGCACACGAGGCAGCCGGCACCCGCGAGGGGUCCCACGGCUCCGGGCCCCCUUCUCCGCGGCUCCCCGAACGCGGUGGCCCCGCUGUCUCAGCUCCACGAGGAGGCGAUGCGGGUCGCCUGUCCCUACCACCAUCACCACGCAGCAGCAGCAGCAGCAGCAGCUGCAGCAGCAGCAUCACCAACAGCAUCAGCGGUAGGAAGAGCAGCAGCAGCAGCGCCAACAGCGUGGACAACAGCUGUACCAGCAGCAUCACCAACAGCAUCAGCAGCAGCGCCAACAGCGUGGACAACAGCUGUACCAGUUGCAGCAACAGCAGCAGCAUCGCCAACAGCAUCAGCAGCAGCAAGAGCAGCAGCAGGAGCACCAACAGCGUGGACAACAGCUGUACCAGCAGCAGCAACAGCAGCAGCAUCACCAACAGCAUCAUCAGCAGCAAGAGCAGCAGCAGGAGCACCAACAGCGUGGACAACAGCUGUACCACUUGCAGCAGUGCGCUUAGAGAGGGAGAGACAUUUGAAGGAAGCUGUCACUGCUCCUCUUCAUCCUCCUGCUGCUGCUGCUCUUCCUGCUGUUGAUUAUUCUGCUGCUGCUGAUGAUGAUGAUGUUGCGCUGUCGUCACCACCCCUGGGCCCCCCGCCGUGGCUGUGGUACCCGGAGCGGUGCCAGGAGCGGUGCCUGUGCGGGGCCGCGCUGGCACCACCGCCCCUCGGGCCCCUGGCGGAGGCCGAGCGCGUGGUGAUCGUGCGCGACGGCACCGCGUGCGACUGCAGCUGUGACCCCAGCUACCACUACCAGGUGAAGGGCAAGAGUGGGCAGAUCCUCUACACUGCUUCUGAAGAAUUCUCGUGGUGCUGCUUCCACGUCUGUGGGCCGCUGCGCUCCUCGCUCCUCCGCGUCUCGGAGCCCGGCGGGCGCGAGGUGCUGAGGCUGGAGCGACCCUUCAGGCCCGAGCCGUGCCCCUGCUGCCCCUGCUGGCCCUGCCCCUCCGCGCUCAGGCCCGUCAUGAGGGUCUGCUCACCCGAGGGGCAGCUGCUGGGAACGGCGACGCAGAGGAGGAGCAUGUGUGCGCCUCUGCUGGACGUGGUGGACUCGGAGGGGCGUCUCGUGCUGAGCGCGCGCGGGCCUUGCUGCCCGUGCCGUUGGGUGGACGAGCAGAGCUUCACGCAGGUGACGGCGGGAGCGCGCCGCGACGCGGGGCUCAUCUGGAAGCGCUGGAGCAGAGCGGAGGGUCAGUGGAGCGGGCAGCGCGACACCUUUGGGGUCGUCUUCGAUGCGGGGCUGGACGUGAAGUCGAAAGCCCUCCUGUUAGGAGCCAGCUUCCUCGUGAAUCACCUCUACUUCGAGAUGAGUUGAGGAUGCUGAGCCAGAAGUCUAUGGGGGGUGCGGGGCGCGGGGCGGUCUUCUCCAUUCGCCGUACUCGAGGAACGGGCUCCGUCUGGCUCCAAAGCCACCGCACAACGUCCCGGAUUGGCCCGAAACAGUCGCACGUUGGUUUACGGAAAGUCUGUCCCGGGUGUGUGUGUGUGUUGCGUGUGUGUCCCCCUGUCCCCUCCCCCACCCCACCCCCCUGCCCCCCACACCCCACACAACAUCGGCUCAAGCAGUCACUAAUUGUCACGCGUUUGUUUCGCGUGACGAACCUCGCUGGCUGUGUCGCGUGUGCGGAGGGUUACACGACACAUUUACGCGAUUCUAACCCCAAAAAAAAACCUUUCCCGUGAUUAACAUUGGUCGCGAAAGGCGCCGCGUGUCACGAUUGCUACUCGACUGAUACCAUUGCCGCAUUCGUAACUUGGCGUUGCGUAGCGUUACGGAUUGUCAUGGUCGUCGUAGUUGUUGUUAAGUACCAAUGGAGUUUGAACUCAGACUCGCUCCCGUGUGCGAGCACCCCAGACGCCCUCCCUCCCUCCCCGAGGGGCUUAACUGCUCCCUCUCUCCACAUUCUCCAGAAUGUCGCUAGGACCAGCAGUGGUGGAGGCGGCGGGGGGGAGGAGUCCUACUACGGCUCCAGGAGCCGUACGCGAGUGGCUCUGGUCAGUGACUGGCACUGCUGCUUCGUCUCGUAUAUCACCACGUGACAUUGCCGGCUCUUGAUAUAUUGAGUUGUUUUUUGUGUGUGUGUGUGUACAUAUAUAUACACACCGAAUUUCUAAACUCAAAGCCUCUCCCGUCGUUAUUUCGCUUUCCGAAUUCAUGCGCUCGGCCGACUGACCGGCUCGCAGUACGGAUAAUUCGGCGUAAGACACUACCACUAGAUGGCAAAGUACCCCAAUCCAUAGUAAUAAUAGUAUUAACCCUAUGUUAUUGUAUUCCUUUAUCAGUGCUAUAAUCCUAAGGUGAGUACCGUUUCAUGAAGUCGAUAAAUCGUGGUUAGGUGGAUGUCACGGUAGAGUGACAGUCGCUCACCCAUCGGGACUCUUCCGGUUGUGAUUCAGGAGGGUAAUGGACAGGGUGGCCCGGAUGUAUUGUGACCCCCCAUUUCAUUCUCUAAAACUUAACAUUUUUUACGUUAUGUUUUUUUUUAUGAAUAUACAAAUUAAUAUGUUAAGGAAUAUAUAAUUGAAUAUGCAUGCAUAUGCAAAUGAUAAAACACUGGUUGGGUCAAUUAAUUGGGGGUCACGUGAAUUCUGAACCAACACGCUGUACAUGUCACUCCACUGCUGGAUGAUGGCCUUCCACAGGCUCGUGUGGUGCCCUGAAGGUUAUUUUACCAUACUUCCCCACGUUGGUGAAGUGGGCGUGAAAGCGUAGACAUUGCAGCAGAGUGCAGUACAACAACGUGUGUGUGUUUUUCUUUCUGCUACUGGUCCUCUGCUGAAAAUGUGGAUAUGUGUAAUGUCGGCUUGUAAAUAAUAAACUUCACGUUCCAUCACUCGUCA